CUGAGGUUUCGAAACUUCCAUUAAAUAAAACCUUCAAUUCUUCAAUCAGAUUUCCCCUUUUUCUCUCUCCUCAAAUCUCAGUGCUUGAAGCUACACUGUUAGCAAAAUUGAUUGUCAUUUUCGGGUUUUCCCCCAAAAUUGAAUUAAAAAGGAUUAGGGUUAGGGAUUUGUUAAGCAAUGGCUGCCGUCGAACAAAUUACUGAGGGGGUUAACAACUUGAGCGUCGUCGAUUCUGCGAAGAAGAACCGAAUUCAAGUUUCUAACACCAAAAAGCCCCUUUUCUUCUACGUUAAUCUCGCCAAGAGGUACAUGCAGCAACACACUGAGGUUGAGCUUUCUGCUCUGGGAAUGGCCAUUGCCACUGUUGUAAGCGUUGCAGAAAUUCUCAAAAAUGGUGGGCUAGCUGUUGAGAAGAAGAUCAUGACAUCUACAGUUGAUAUAAAGGAUGAUUCGAGAGGAAGGCCAGUCCAGAAGGCAAAGAUAGAGAUACUACUGGAGAAAUCUGGGGACUUUGAUGAAAUUAUGGCAGCUGCAGCUGAGGAAGCAGAAGUUGCUGUCGCUGAAGACUAGAGUUUUUUUAAAUAGGGUUCUUUCUUUUGGUGUAGUAAUCAAGAUUUUCUGAUGUAGUCAUUUUCUUUCAUUGCAAAUGUCAAGGGAUUUGAUUUCCAUGUGAGCAUGUAGUUAAUUAAUUUUCCCCCUUUAGUGUAGGUUCCUAGAAAAGUUGUGGAUCUUGAAAUUGGUUGGUCGUGUCAAAAUUUUCAUUCAGUUCCUGGGUGUAGUUUUACUGUGGUUAAAUGAGAUUGUUCGAUAUAA